CUGGCCCUCACUGGCCGGCGCCGCGUCGGCGCGCGGGUUUCGUCGCUGCGCCUGUGUGCGCGCCUGUUCUCGGCUGCGCCAUGGAGUCGGGGCUCAUCCCGCGCCUCGCGUCGCGCCUGGGCAUCGCCGAGCCGGACGUGCUGAGGAAAGCAGAAGAGUACUUGCGACUGUCCCAGGUGAAGUGCGCUGGCCUGUCUGCACAUACCACGGAGACCAGCAAUGCCGUCAUGUGCCUGGACCUGGCGGCUUCCUGUAUGAAGUGUCCCUUGGACAGGGCUUAUUUAACUAAACUUUCUGGUUUGAACAAGAGGACGUAUCUGAGCUGUCUUAAAUCUUUCGAGUGUUUACUGGGCCUGAGUUCAAACAUCGGAAUAAGAGACCUCGCCGUGCAGUUCAGCUGUACCGAAGCCGUGAGCACGGCUGCAACGUUACUGCAAAGCUACGAGUCCAGUCUCCCACAGACACAGCAGGAGGGUCUUGACUUAUCCAGGCCGCUUUUCACCAGCGCCGCGCUGCUCUCAGCAUGCAAGAUUUUAAAGCUAAAGGUGGAUAAAAAUAAAAUGGUAGCCACAUCUGGAGUAAAAAAAGCCAUAUUUGAUCGACUGUGUAAACAAUUAGAGAAGCUCGGGCAGCAGCUCAACAGAGAGUCUCAAGAUUCAGCUGCUCCACCACGGAAGAGAAAGAAGGCAGGGGCUGAGCCUCUAGCAAAGGAAAGGGAGAAGGUAGUAGAGAUCCCGCAUAAACCGCAGAAAGAUGAAGACCAGACACAGGAUUAUGAAGAGUGGAAGAGGAAAAUUUUGGAAAAUGCUGCCAAAGCACAGGCAGCUACUGCAGAGUGACUGCAGCUCCCAGACUGCCGUGUGCCACACGCCGACAGUGCAUCCGCCCUGGCAUUGUGUUUGAACUUGAUAACAAGGAUCCUAAAACCGCUGCCUUAAUAACAGGGAAGCCAGCACUGGGGCCGAGUCCUGGGCAGCACGUCGUUUGGUCAGCCACAGUGCCUGGCGGGCAUAGCCCAGGCUCCACGGGUCUGCAUUCCUUCAGAAUGGAUUUGGAGCCAUUUUACUCCUUUUAUUUUUUUAGUUUAUUUUAAUUACUCUUGUUUUAAGUGAAUGUCAAGUCUCCUGUCCUGUCCAGGCCAUCCUAUCCUAUGGCGUUCAGGCUGGAUGGAACCUUACAGAUUUAAUUACAUUUUCAUGUAAAUUUUUUGGUUUGACUAAAAUCGACACGUGGUACAACUUAAGUUAAUAAAUGUUCCUUUGAUACGUG